UUACCUCCAGUAGGUGACAGUUCAUCCAUGUUUCUAAGUAGCGAGUAAAAGAAGACUUGAUAAGACUGGGCAUUUUCAUAUCGAAUGUAGAGCUAAGGCGAAGGCGGUGAUUGUGUGUAGGUUAUUUGUUUUCAGAAGCUAAUGUGCGAUAAUUGCGAAGCCCAAGAAGAUGAACUAUUGGCGCUGUCGAGUAUCUAUAGUGACGACGAGUUCGUUCGAACAGAGUCGACAUCAGGCGGAGAGAUCCGAGUUACAGUGGACUUGCCUCGGGACUUCAGUGUAGUUAUUAAAGAAGGAGACUCGUUGAAGCAGCACGCCAUAUCUUUUCUUCCUCCUCUGGUUCUGACCUUCAACCUGCCAGGAGAUUAUCCUUCCUCUUCCCCACCCACAUUCACUCUCAGCACUCGAUGGCUGUCACGUGCACAGCUCUCAGCAGUGUCCAGGCAUCUGGAAGAGCUGUGGCAGGCUGCAGAGGGCAGCGUGGUUCUGUUCUCCUGGGUCCACUUCCUGAAGGAAGACCUUCUCAGCUUCCUUCACAUCCAACCACCCCUUGCGGUCCCGGUCAGCCAGGCACCCGAGGAGCCCAGCCAGUGUGGAGACUCAGGGGCUUGUGGAGGAGCUGAGGGCCCCGGGUCCCUGGGCCCUGGAGAGGCCUCGGUCGGUCCCUCAAAAGAUGACCUGCUGGCAGGGCUCCUUGCCUACGAUGUGAGCCAGAGACGGAGGGAGUUCGAGGGCCAGGCGUUCGACUGCCGCAUCUGUUUCCGGGGUAUUCCAGGCUCCGGGUGUUUCCAGUUCCCACGGUGCGGUCAUGUGUUCUGUGACCCUUGCGUGGCAGAGUACUUCCGGAUGCAGAUCACCGCCGGCAACGUGCAGAGCCUCACCUGUCCCGAGUCCGAGUGUGACUCAAUGGCUACACCUGGCCAGGUGAAGAAGCAGGUGGGGGAGGAGCUAUUCCUUCGCUAUGACCGCCUCCUCCUCCAGUCCACUCUGGACAGCAUGGCGGACGUGGUGUACUGCCCUCGCCGUGGCUGUGCCUCCGCCGUGGUCCUGGAGGCCGACCGCAAGUCCGGCAUCUGCCCCGCUUGCCGCUACGCCUUCUGUAGCCUCUGUAGGAGGAGCUACCAUGGCCACGCCCCCUGCUUUCAAAAAGAGGAAACGGCGAAGGAGGCGGCACAGGACGAGUAUGCAGCCAUACCCAAGAAUCUGGCCGGUGUGCAGAUCCUCUGGGAGGACUACACCACAGGCAGUCUUAAACGAAGGAAGGUUCUAGAGAAACGCUAUGGGAAACCCGGACUACUGACAGACUGUCUAAGUGAGGACUGGCUUUCCCACAACAGCAAGUCCUGUCCUCGGUGUAACUCCAAAAUAUAUAAGGACGGAGGCUGCAACAGGAUGUGUUGCACUAAAUGUGGACUUUAUUUCUGCUGGGAGUGUCUGGUCCAACUUCAUGAGAAGAAGAAUAGCUGCGUACACUUUAUGUAAAGAAUAGCAAGAGGGCAUGCUAGAAUAUUAUCAGCACUUAAGUUUGUAGUGGUAACCAUACAAUACAUAACAAUUAUGAUACUGCUACAAUGGAAACAGCACUCGUGAUGUGUGUGAAAAUUCCUACUAAUACUGGAUCAAUGAUAAAAGGAUAUAAUGUUACCAUGAUAAUGGAUUAAAAUGUAUUACAGUAUCCUAAUCUUAUGAUAGUAACUUUCGCUUAUUUAUUUUUGUAUAAAGGGCAAAUGUUUACUGACGGGAAAAAUACGUUUUAAAAUGUUCUAUGUUGACAUGAUUCAAAUGACAAUAAUCAGUAGAUAAAAAAUCAACAGUGUAUAGGAACAAAUACAAAAAAGACAU